GUCCAAUUCCGUGUUUAUAUUCCUGGUCUCUUUUCGCGCAGGUGGUUACCUUCCGGACCACCCAUCUCAUGCGAGCUUGAAGAUCGCUGUGGCGUGGAAGCUAUAGACUAGACACCCACUAUGUGGUUCACCAAACGAUCCUCGCCCAUCGCCCUCCUCCUCGCUGCUCCCUCUCUCUCCGCCGCUUUCUACCUCCCCGGUGUCGCACCGACUUCCUACGAUGAAGGCCAAUCUGUGCCUCUCUACGUCAAUCACCUUACGCCCGGCUUAGCGCAGCAGGAUGAACAGCUCCAUUCCGUCUUCUCCUACGACUACUACCACCCGGCCUUCCGAUUCUGCCCGCCGAAAGAGGGCCCCAAGGAUGUCCGAGAGUCGUUGGGAAGCAUUCUAUUCGGAGACCGCAUCCAGACGUCGCCGUUCGAGCUGCACAUGGGCAAGAAUGAGACGUGCAAGUCCAUCUGUGGUCAGGUCUCGUUUGAUGCCCGCAGUGCCAAGUUCGUCAACCGGAGGAUAGAACAGGGAUACAACAUCAACUGGCUGGUUGAUGGUCUUCCCGGAGCGCAGAUCAACAUGGAGGCGGUGACGCAGACCAAGUUCUACAGCCCGGGUUUCGCCCUCGGAUCAAUCAACGAUGACGGACAACCGAUUUUGAACAACCAUUUUGAAAUCCUGAUCGAAUACCACCGCGUCGGUUACGGAAACCAGGACAAGUACCGGGUUGUCGGUGUUCUGGUGCAGCCAGAGUCCCGACGCAACUCCGUCAUUCUGGAGGAUGGCACUCCCCAGUGUGACAGCGACGGUGUCGGCGUCACCCUCAGCGAGGAUGGCGAGACCAUGGUGGCUUGGACGUACAGCGUGUACUGGCGGGAGUCGGAUACCGCGUGGGCCACCCGCUGGGACAAGUACCUGCAUGUCUACGACCCGAAGAUCCAUUGGUUCUCGCUGAUCAACUCGGCCGUGUUUGUGGUCUUCUUGGUUGCGAUGGUGAGCAUGAUUCUGGUCAGAGCGCUCAAGAAGGAUAUUGCUCGGUACAACCGCCUGGACAUGAUCAACCUGGACGACUUUGACGGGACAUCCGCGGCGGUGGAGGAUGGUAUUCAGGAGGACUCGGGCUGGAAGCUGGUGCAUGGAGACGUGUUCCGGUCUCCGAAGUCUCCGUUGCUGCUGAGUGUGCUCGUCGGUAACGGUGCUCAGCUCUUUAUGAUGACGGGAGUGACUGUUGUCUUCGCUUUGCUUGGCCUCCUCUCCCCUGCGAACCGUGGCUUCCUAGCCACGGCCAUUCUCUUAAUCUACACGCUGUUUGGCUUCAUCGGAGGCUACGUAUCGGCUCGGGUCUACAAAUCGCUAGGCGGCGAAUCCUGGAAACGCAACAUUAUUAUGACACCUGUGCUGGUCCCUGCCCUCAUCUUUGGCGUGUUCUUCCUCCUCAACCUGUUCGUCUGGGCCAAGGGAUCCAGCGGAGCCGUGCCCUUUGGCACCAUGCUGGCCCUGGUCUUGAUCUGGUUCGUGAUCAGUGUGCCGCUGAGUGUUGCGGGUAGCUGGCUGGGAUUUAAACAAAGCGCCAUUGAAGGUCCCACCAAGACCAACCAGAUUCCCCGCCAGGUCCCUCCGAUGACGGGUACACUGCGCACCGUUCCCUCCCUGCUGUUGACCGGUAUCCUUCCCUUCGGAGCGAUCUUCGUGGAGCUGUAUUUCAUCAUGACGUCGCUGUGGACAAACAAGAUAUACUACAUGUUCGGUUUCCUGUUCCUCUGCUACGGCCUGAUGGUCAUCACCUCCGCCGCGACGACGGUCCUGCUGGUGUAUUUCCUGCUGUGCGCGGAGAACUAUCGCUGGCACUGGCGCGCGUUUGCGGGCGCCGGCAUGACAGGUAGCUAUGUCUUCCUCAACGCCAUUCUGUUCUGGAUCACGCGGGUCAGCUUUGGUGGUCUCACCGGUGCGGUGUUGUAUGUGGGAUACUCGGCCCUGAUCGGAUUUGUGGUCUUCAUCUUGACCGGCUCCAUUGGCUUCUUCGCCAGCUGGGCAUUUGUGCACCGCAUCUACGGCUCCAUCAAGGUCGACUAAGCCGUUACGUAUUGACAUGAGAUUGCUCAUGCGGUGCGGCCCGCUCCCGGUCGUGGACCGACAUCGCUGUUUGCUGCAUCGCUGUGCUUCGCUAUAUAAGACCGUAGGUUGAUUCGAUUGGUUGGAUGCUUAUUCGGAUAUCCCUGUAUAGUUCCUUUGUUUGCAUGCUUGCUUGUUACCACCACUUCUCUGUAAGGGCCAUGAGGUGUACAUAGACUCGGAUGGGCGGAGUUGGGGAGAGGAAUGCUGGACGCGCAUGAGUGUACGAUGCAAUGAGUCUAGGCCAACGUAGAAGAG